GGGGUUCUGCACAAGCGCAGAUAAUUACUGCUUGAAACGGAAAAGAGAGAGCACUAAGACUUUGUUUUCAUGUCUGUGUAAAGCAAAAUAAAGCGCCAUUCCACAAUUCCUUUCAGAAAGUCCUUAUAUAACGGGGAAUGGCUUCCGUUUCCAAAUCCUUCCUCGCCGAUGCCGGCUAUGGGGAGCAGGAAUUGGACGCCAAUGCCGCACUCAUGGAACUGGAUAAAGGUCUUCGAUCUGGAAAGUUGGGAGAACAGUGUGAGGCUGCUGUCCGUUUUCCAAGACUCUUUCAGAAAUAUCCAUUCCCAAUUUUAAUUAAUUCAGCAUUUUUAAAGCUAGCUGAAUUUUUCAGAGUUGGUAACAACUUCCUGAGGCUGUGUAUUCUGAAAAUGACCCAGCAAAGUGAGAAGCACUUGGAAAAGAUCCUGAACGUGGAUGAAUUUGUGAAAAAAAUAUUCUCAGUUAUUCAUAGCAAUGAUCCAGUUGCUCGAGCAAUCACAUUAAGGAUGCUAGGCAGUAUGGCUUCCAUUAUCCCCGAGAGGAAGAACGCACAUCACAGUAUUCGCCAAAGCCUCGACUCUCAUGACAAUGUUGAAGUUGAAGCUGCCAUUUUUGCUGCAGCCAAUUUUUCUGCCCAGUCCAAAGAUUUUGCAGGAGGAAUAUGUAACAAAAUAAGUGAAAUGAUUCAAGGUUUAGCCACUCCGGUAGAUUUGAAACUGAAGCUGAUCCCUAUUCUGCAGCAUAUGCACCAUGAUGCCAACCUGGCUUCCAGUGCACGACAGCUGCUCCAACAAUUGGUGACAUCUUAUCCAUCUACUAAGAUGGUCAUUGUGACUUUGCAUACAUUUACCUUGCUUGCUGCCUCUUCUCUGGUUGAUAUUCCCAAGCAGAUAGAACUCUUACUGCAGUACAUGAAGAAUGACCCAAGAGAGGCUGUAAAGAGGCUUGCUAUCCAAGAUUUAAAGCUGCUUGCAAAAAAAACUCCACAUACUUGGAGCAAUGAGAAUAUUGAGGCCCUGUGUGAAUGUGCUCUUCAAACUCCUUAUGACAGCUUGAAACUAGGCAUGCUAUCUGUACUUUCUACUCUGUCAGAUACAAUAGCCAUCAAACAGUACUUCAGCAUUGCUCCAGGAACGAAGGCUACUACAGCGAGGUCAUCUGAUCUAGUCAAGCUUGCCCAGGAAAGCUGUUAUCAUAAUAAUCAGAAUAUUGCAGCACAUGGAGUACGUGUUCUGACAAAUAUAGCUGCUUCUUGUCAAGAAAAAGAACUUUUGCCGUUGGAGCAAGAUGCAGUCUUUGGCCUUGAAUCUCUUCUUGUUCUUUGUAGCCAAGAACCAAGUUCAUCUCCCAAAGCAACCUUAAAGAUAGUACUCACUUGUAUUGUGAAGCUGGCCAAGAGUCGCCCCCAUCUGAGCCAAUCCAUUGUGGAGUCCUUGUUGACACAGCUGCCUCGUGCUCAGGAUGCUGCGAAAAUUCUCAUAUGCCAUUGUUUGGCAGCCAUUGCCAUGCAAUUACCAGUCUUAGGAGAUGGAAUGCUGGGAGACCUAAUGAAUCUCUAUAAAGUGAUUGGUUGUUCUGCUGCCAAUAAACAGCAAGAGCUUUUGGUUUCUCUUGCUACUGUGAUAUUUGUUGCCAGUCAGAAGACAUUAUCUUCUGAAGUGAAAGCUGUUAUCAAACAACAGCUUGAAAAUGAUUCAAAUGGAUGGACAGCUUAUAGGAUAGCAAGGCAAGCUUCAAGAAUGGGCAACCAUGGCAUGGCCAAAGAGCUUUAUCAAAGCCUGCUGACUCAGGUAGCUUCAGAACACUUCUACUUCUGGCUGAACAGUCUGAAGGAGUUCUCCCAUGCAGAACAGUGCUUAACCGGGCUUCAAGAGGACGAUUACAGCUCUGCCCUUUCUUGCGUCGCUGAGUCACUAAAAUCUUAUCAUAAAGGAAUAGCUUCUUUAACGGCUGCUAGCACACCACUUAACCCUUUGAGCUUUCAGUGUGGGUUUGUUAAACUACGCAUUGACCUUCUCCAGGCUUUUUCUCAGCUCAUUUGCACUUGUAAUAGCCUGAAGACUAGUCCCCCACCUGCCAUUGCCACAACAAUUGCCAUGACUUCAGGCAGUGAUCUCCAGCGGUGUGGUCGUAUUUCCAACCAGAUGAAACUCUCCAUGGAAGAAUUCAGAAACCUUGCAGCAAGAUAUGGCGAUCUCUAUCAGUCUUCUUUUGAUGCAGACUCUGAAACUCUGAGAAAUGUGGAACUGCAGCAGCAGAGUUGCUUAUUAAUAUCACAUGCAAUUGAAGCUCUGAUCUUAGAUCCUGAAUCUGCAAGCUUUCAGGAAUAUGGUUCUUCUGGAGUGGCCCAUGCUGCAAGUGAAUAUGAAAGGAGAAUGAUGUCUGUGUUUGGUUGUGUGUUGGAAGAAGUAGAAGCCUUGAACCGAAAAUAUGCACCAGUAUCCUACAUGCAUACCGCUUGUUUAUGCAGUGCAGUCAUUGCCUUGCUGAAAGUCCCCUUGUCAUUUCAGAGAUAUUUUUUCCAGAAGCUACAAUCAACUAGCAUUAAGCUUGCCCUAUCUCCACGUAACCCUGCUGAGCCCGUUGUGGUUCAAAAUAACCAGCAACUGGCAUUAAAAAUAGAGGGAGUAGUCCAACAUGGCUCCAAACCAGGCCUUUUCCGAAAGAUUCAAUCCAUCUGUCUAAAUGUGUCAUCAACCUUGCAGAGCAAACCUGGACAAGAGUACAAGAUACCCAUCGACAACCUAACUAAUGAGAUGGAACAGAUGGUGGAGCCUCACAAUGAUUACUUCAGCACACAAUUCCUCUUGAACUUCAUUGUUGUUGGCACCCAUAGCAUCACAGUGGAGUCCUCAGUUCGAGAUCUCAAUGGCAUUAUAUGGAAGACAGGACCAAAAACCACACUAUUGAUUAAGUCUCUUGAAGAUCCAUACUCCCAGCAGAUUCGGCUUCAGCAACAGCAGGGACAACAGCUGUCUCAACAGCCACAGCAGCUGCAACCACAGCCACGGACAGCAUACUCCCGUUAUUAGCUCUCAUAUAUGACAAGGCCUGUGUCAAAGGCAUUACAGUUUGUUUGGAAAUUUUUCCUUUCCCCAGGGUUCACAUUUCUUCCUCUAUAACAGCAGCAGUCUUGCUUCUUCUUUGUUUCCUAAAGCACAAUUUGUAUCUUUGAAAUGAUGUGGGAUCACUAGUAGAUUAAGUAGAUUAAGGUAAUUCAUGUAGCAAAACCAGUUAUGUAAAGUGGUUCUGCUUGAAGUUUCAGUUAUCAUCUUCAUCUCACUUCAUUACAAUUUUGCCCUUGUGAUGUAAUACAAGUCUUAGUUGAAC